AUGUAUUAAGAAAUUUAUGGUUGUACUUUAAUACACCCGUCUAAAUAUACAGAGAAAGGCAAUUUGUAUGUAGGGGGAAUAAAAUCACUUGAUUAGAUUUAGAAGCAUAAAUUUGGUGCAAUAAUCUCAGCAGUUGAGAAAUUGGACAAAUAGAUUCCAGAUUAUGUUCAUCAUCUCAGAAUUGUAGCCUAUGAUGAACCAAAUUUUAAUUUGUCUGAGCAUUUUGAUUAAACAAAUUCAUUCAUCAAGCAACAUCUUGAAUCCACCAAUGUUCUAGUUCAUUGUUAAGUAGGUGUUUCAAGAUCUGUCUCUAUUCUUAUGGCUUAUUUUAUUAAGGAACUCCACAUGACUCCUGAUGCCGCUUUAUCAUACAUUAAAAACAAGAGAGGCUUUGUUUAUCCAAAUGAGGGAUUUUAACAGCAGCUUCGGAUAUAUUAUGAAAAACACAAAGAUAAUUAUAAAAUUGAUUGA